AUGAGAUUCACUCGAUGGAAGGGCUUUGGCCGACUUGGCAAAAGUUGCCAGAGAGCGACGCGUCGGGGGAUCGGCGUGCGCGCCGUCAGUCAGCCACCGCACACCGCCGUGUGCGCAUAUCACGUCGCGUUCUCACCUGACCGCAUCGAAUCCAACACCGUUAUCGUCCUAAAUGAGAAGCUAAUGGACGUACGAGGUAGACAGUGCAUGUUUGUGUUGAUGUGA